CGUGGGCUUGACAUCCCGCAACAACUAGGCACCUUUUCCAGCAGGACAAUGAGAUCGACAAUAGCCGUCAUCGGUGUUGCUCUCACCGGCACAUUUCACUUGACCUGGGCACUCCUGCCCCUUGCGCUGAACGCGAGCUGCCACUCGUUUGUGUAUCGCGGCUGUCCGAGUCCUCUCCUGGCCGAAUUCCACACAGCCCGAGCUGCAUUCGUUGCCGAGCCGAACGUGUGCUUUGUCGAAGAUAUUGACUUGACCCGACCAUCGCCAUCCAUGUUGUACUACCCGCGGCACGACGUGCACGCAGCCAAGUCUUGCUUGCUGCCCGGCCUUCCAUCAGCCGAGACGUACACCGGGCCAGUGUCGGCCCCCAAUGUGGUGGCAUUUGUUAACGCGCGAGCUCAUACACAUCGCCUGCCCACGGGCGAAAUAAACCCCCUUGCAUCUAUCGCCCGCAACCUCGAGACCCAGUUGUACACGGUGCCUACAACUACCACGACUUCGGCUUGCAAGACGAUCGACGCAGCCGACCUUACUCCUGCCUUGUUUGAGCAGUAUAUUCUCCGAAACGAACCAGUCAUCAUAACACGUGCCGCUUCCAACCUGGUCAACGCCACUGAGUGGUCUACGCAGACCCUCCUCGACCGCAUCGGCAACCGACAAGUCCAUGUCAAGGUUUCGCCGACGGGAGUCUUCGAAGGAUGCGAGCCACUGGCGUGGUGGGAUGGCGCUUCGGACGCCAUUCCCGAUUUUGUGCUCAACCAUUUGGAGUCCCCCGACAAGGUGUUGGUCCGUCCCGCAGCGACCAACAUGCCGUUCGCGUCGUUUAUCGAUCGGUUGACAUCGGCGCUGCCAUCCAAGACUUCGUAUUACUUGGAGUACUUGUCCAUGGCGACUUACGUGCCCGAGCUGAUGGCGAACGCGCCGCAGUAUCCAUGGGCGACGUCGUCAUUUCUCGAGCUGGACGUGGCGAACCUGUGGUUUGGCGAUGGGAAAAGCGUCGGAAAACUGUACUUUGACGCGUACGAGAACCUGAUGACGAUGGUGGCGGGCGAGAAAGAGUUUGUCCUGUUCGAUCCAUCCGAUAACAGGCGCCUGUACGAAGGGCACAUGCGCGAGGCGCAAUUCGAAAGGGACGACUACGAUUCGACAGUGAUUCACAGGCGAAAGCUGAUGGAGUCGACCUCCAUGGUCAACAGCCCCAUCGACAUCGACGACCCCCUCGACAUUGACAGGUACCCCCUCUUCGCCUCAGCCACUGCGUUGCGUUGUAAGGUGCGUGAAGGAGACACCCUAUUCGUGCCGUCGUUUUGGUGGCACGAGGUGAGGUCGACCCCCGCGGUACAUGAACCCCGCAAUGUCGCAGUCAACUACUGGUACAAACCACUCUACACGAAAGAGUUUCCGUGUAAAACGUGCCCGCUACGUUUCAACUUGGCCUACGAACAUGUCCUGCAAACGUUGGCCCAUGCUGCCAACACCUAUCGUCCUUCCGACGAGCUGUAACGAGAUCGAAUUAAAGCUUACUCUUGUACACACUCUUCUGCCGCGCGAUUUCUGCCACGUACGCUUCCUGUGCAGCUUGCUUGGUCAGACCCUUCUUGGACGCCCACGCGUCCCACUUAGCUCGACCGGCUACAUCAAAUACCCCCGGUCGAGACGACUUGUUGUCGCCCACUGUGCCUUGCUUGAAGAGAGCAUACAGCUUGAGCUUAUCGGCGUUGGAAGGGGUCGUCGCAGGGGUCCACCCACUCAGGUGGGACGCCACCACUUCCUCGAACGCGUCCUUCUCGAGUGGUGGCAUGCAGAUUUCUC